ACAUUCACCUGAUGGACUGGCUUCCAUAUAUUCCUACCUGUACUUCCAUUAAUUUCAGUGAUCAUGGUGUUAAACAGUCAAGCACAAGAUAUUUGACAAGCUCUCCUCAUGUUUGAGAUUAUUUCCAAAAGAGGGCAGCAGAGAGUCUGAGUGAGCUUCAAAACAUCACGUGAUGACUGAGGCCUCAGCACAGGACAUGUACACACAGAGCCUCUCCGGUCCAUUUUGUUCUGUUGGUCUUCCUCAUCACAUCGCCUAAAAAUUCCCAGAUUUUCAUUUUUUGUUUUGUGAACCUUACUCAGCCUGCACUGGUUAGCUGAACUAGCUCAGUACAGACUGCCAGGACAUCAGUGUAUUUUACUGAUCAUGGACCAGAGUCCUGGUGUCCCACAUCAUGGCUGCCUGAGUCCUGAGGCAACCCUGAGAGAGAUCCAGAUCAACUUACUGGAGUGUAAAGUCUGCUUUGAGACGUUUAACACGCAGCAGAGGGAGCGCAGACCGCAGAACCUUUCCUGUGGUCAUGUUCUCUGUCUGGAAUGCAUCACAGGUUUGUCCCACGCUCUCCUGAGGAAGCUGGAGUGCCCGUUCUGUCGACAGCUGUGCAGUGUUGACACCAUCUCCCAUUGCCAGGUUCUCAGCGACCUGCAAGAGCUCCUUUUAUCCCCGAAACCGUCCUCCUCUGCUCCCCCUCACAGGGCUAAAGGAGGAUUUAUCUUGGAAACAUCUCUGCAUCUUCGUGCCACAUUUGGGGGCUGGGGGACUCUCAUCAACCCCACUAGAAUUGCUGUUUUGGGAUCUGCUGGGGGAGUAGUCGUGGUGCAUGAUGGAGAGAAGAGAGUGGUGGUGUUCAACCAACAAGGGAGGAAGCUGCACAGUUUUGGAGAGAGAGGAACGGGCAAUGGGGACAUCUGUUACCCAGUGGAUGUGGCAGUGAGUCCUACUGGUCAUGUCAUAGUGACAGAUGCAGGGGACAAAGCCGUGAAGGUUUUCACUUCCAGAGGGUUACACAAAGUGACAAUCAAAGAUUGCUUCCAACUUCCUUGGGGCGUGGACACAGACAGUGGUGGGCAAAUCCUGGUUUCAGACAUCCAGGUUGGCACACUGUUCAGAAUAAAAGUGGACCUUAAUCAUGGCGUUAUCCUGGAAAUUCAAACAGUCAUAGCCAACCUUCAGUGUCCCAAAGCUGUGGCUCACUGUCGAAAAACCGGAAACACGGCAGUGAUGGAGCAUCCAAGAGAAAAGCACCAAAACAGAAAGCUGAAAGUGUUUACGAAAGACUUCCACCUUCUUUAUCAGAUGGACAGUUUCAUCCUGACCCUGCAGUCCUCCUUCAGGUUGAACAUAUCAAAUGUGGCAUUCAGCAGCGAUGGAGAUGUGGUUGUGUCUGACUCUGACCAGGGGUUGAUUUGUAGUUUAGGAAACCUUCAGAAUAAUCUAGUCCUGACUCCUCUUGUGGGAGACCAUCUCAUCCGACCUGCUGGGUUGGUGUUACUGGACAGCUCUAUCAUUACUGUGGAUGGAGGCGAUCAUACGGUGAAGAUUUAUUCUACUAAGCCUGAUGCUUGAUGCACCAUGUACAUUAUGUUAGAGGGAAAACAGAAUAAAGUUCCUUUGAAGUGUCAAAAGUAAUAAACUGUUUUUAUUGUCUCUGCUUUUAAAAAUGUCUAAAGAUGAACUUGUUUGUUUGAAGGAUACGUAUUGUGUGCUCCAUGUACAUAACCAGCUGCGAGCCUGGUCUAUAGGGCUAUAUGGGUCUUUAAAAUUCAGUCAUAUUUAAAAAUUAGGAUUUUGACUUACAAACUUAGGUUGUAGCCAUGCUUUGUUUGCUUUACGAUAUGCACAGUUAGAGUUGUAAUUUGUUGGUUUCUAAAAUUUCUCCUUACUGCAAAUAUCUAAGAAGCAAUUCUGUUUAAGUUUAUUGUCCUGCUGGAAAGUGAACCUUUGUCCCCGUGUCAAGUCUUCUGCCGUCUGCUUUUCUUUCAGUAUUGCCUCUAUUUAUCUUUCCAUCAACUCUGACCAGCUUCCCUUGUUGCUGAGUUAACAUAUCCCCCCACAGUUAGUUGUCCUCCACAUCUUCACUGUGUCUCCUACAUUACUUGAAGCAAACUGCAAACUGGACUUCUUAUGGCUUUCUUUCAAUGUUUUCUUCAUACCACUGUGGCUCAAGGGUCAGAUUUGACGAGUGUUUGACUAAUAAACUGAACAGGGUAACAUGUAAUUGAACCAGUGAUGCAGUUUGAGUCAUAAUAAACUCCGCAAUCAA